AUCUUGAGAAGCUGAUGUUUUUUUUUGCCGGAUCUGCUAGUGUAUCCAGUGUAUCCAUUUGCUUAUUCCGCCGCAGAUUGCAGUAUACGUUCGUCGUAAAGCCUCCAGAAGCUCCAAUUUCAGUCUAACACAGGUCAAGUGAUCCAUUUAAACAUUAGUUCUAGUGGUGAAGCGAAAAUCCAGUGAAUGAAUCGAAUAAGUUAAUUUUCCAAUCGCAAAAAAAAAACUAUCUUCACAAGAUGGCAAACAAGAGGAAAGCAGACGGGCAAUUGCCGGCCGAAGAAAAUGAUCUGCUACUGAUUCGACCGUUAGGUGCCGGUCAGGAGGUGGGGCGGUCAUGCAUUAUGCUCGAGUUUAAGGGUAAAAAAAUUAUGCUGGACUGCGGCAUCCAUCCGGGCUUGUCGGGUAUGGAUGCACUUCCGUUCGUUGAUCUAAUCGAGGCGGAUGAGGUCGAUCUGCUGUUUAUAUCGCAUUUCCAUCUGGAUCAUUGUGGGGCGCUACCGUGGUUUUUGCAGAAGACUAGCUUUAAGGGUCGCUGCUUUAUGACCCAUGCGACGAAAGCAAUCUAUCGUUGGAUGUUGUCUGAUUACAUAAAAGUCAGUAAUAUCAGCACCGAACAGAUGUUGUACACCGAGGCGGAUCUUGAGGCCAGCAUGGAGAAGAUUGAGACGAUCAACUUCCACGAAGAGCGUGACGUUAUGGGCGUCCGGUUCUGGGCUUACAAUGCUGGCCACGUACUCGGGGCGGCAAUGUUUAUGAUUGAAAUUGCGGGUGUUAAAAUUCUAUACACAGGUGACUUUUCGCGGCAAGAAGACCGGCAUCUAAUGGCUGCCGAAAUACCGGCUAUGAAACCGGACGUUUUGAUUACGGAAUCCACCUACGGAACACAUAUUCACGAGAAGCGAGAAGAUCGUGAGAAUCGAUUCACCUCGCUUGUGCAGAAGAUUGUCCAACAAGGAGGUCGAUGUUUGAUUCCAGUUUUCGCGCUGGGUCGCGCACAAGAGUUGCUGUUAAUUUUGGAUGAAUAUUGGAGCCAGAAUCCAGAACUGCAGGAAAUUCCCAUCUACUAUGCGUCUUCGCUGGCGAAAAAGUGCAUGGCUGUGUACCAGACUUACAUAAAUGCCAUGAACGAUAAGAUUCGGAGGCAAAUAGCAGUGAACAAUCCGUUCGUUUUUCGCCACAUCUCGAAUCUGAAAGGAAUCGAUCACUUCGAGGACAUUGGACCGUGCGUUGUGAUGGCUUCGCCCGGUAUGAUGCAAAGUGGACUCUCCCGGGAGCUAUUUGAAACGUGGUGUUCCGAUCCGAAGAACGGUGUCAUUAUUGCCGGCUACUGCGUCGAGGGAACGCUGGCAAAAACGAUACUUUCCGAGCCAGAGGAAAUUACCAGCAUGUCGGGACAGAAAUUACCACUGAACAUGUCCGUGGAUUACAUUUCCUUCUCCGCGCACACAGAUUAUCAACAAACAAGUGAGUUUAUUCGGUUGCUCAAGCCAACGCACGUUAUUCUGGUACAUGGGGAACAAAACGAGAUGAGCAGACUGAAGUCCGCCUUGCAACGCGAGUAUGAGAACGAUCCAAACGCUAACAUUACCCUGUACAAUCCUCGAAAUACCCACGCUGUGGAGUUGUACUUCCGGGGUGAAAAGACUGCUAAAGUGAUGGGAACGCUGGCUGUCAAAACGCCAGAGGAAGGACAGAAGCUUUCUGGAGUUCUGGUUAAACGAGACUUCAAGUAUCAUCUUUUGGCCGCAUCUGAUUUGUCGAAAUACACGGAUAUGAGCAUGUCGGUGGUGACACAGCGCCAGAGUAUCCACUGGCAGGGUUCGAUUGCCAGUCUGAAGCUGCUGUUAGAACGAAUCGGAGGGCCUGGAACAGUUACAACAGAUGCGGCGGAAAAUGAAAAAAAGUUCCGCGUCUUCGACUGCAUUGACCUAACAUUCGACGGUAAGAUUGUGAUCAUGGAGUGGCAGGCGACGCCGGUAAACGACAUGUACGCCGACACGGUGCUGGCUAGUUUACUGCAGUCAGAACUGGCCGGUAGCACGGUGAAAGGAGCUACGGCCAGCAAACCGGACAAGAUGCAUUUCAAAGAGUGUCUGAUCGAAACACUACAGGAUAUGUUUGGGGAAAGUUCGGUUCCAAAGUUGUUCAAGGGUGACAGCUUGAGUGUGACCGUGCACGGGAAAUUGGUGGAGAUAAAUCUGAGCACAUUGGAGGUAACUUGCGAACAAGAUGAAACCCUUUAUCAGACGGUGAAAACGACCGUAAACAAGCUUCAUCAAAACCUGGUGCAAGUAUCCUAAGGAUGCUAUGCUAUGCAUACAAAAUAAUCUCGCGUACGUUUACCCAUUCAUUAUUGAUUUACAAUAAAAAAUAUUCUUGUUUCAAGGGAGCGCUAAGCUUUCCAUAAUACUUUAA